AGCAUUUACACUUCAGAUCUAUCAGACCCCACCAUGCCUACCGAUCGGAGUGUCUCCUAACAAGAUGAAUACACCAUACUGAAAACAAUUGCACCUUUCAUCUCACUGCACUGCACAUCAAAGUGCUGUCUUGUUUUCAUUUUGUUGAUUUUUAAAAAAAAUAUUGUAAUUUUUUUUUUUGUAAUUUAUUUGGGCUUGUAAAGGAACCAUGAGCACAAGCCAUGGGUAUCGAGCAUCAUGGUGGACCUAUGCUCUCCAUCAGGUCCCCCAUACUAAUUUCCAGUUUGAAGUUGUGGACAGCAACUUUGCCCCCCAAGAAUGGAACUAUCAGCAGGCGCUUUUGUUUUUAGCCGGCAUUGCUGGACUCUGCCUGGCCAUCAGCCUUGUUUUGAUCUGCGUAUAUUUAAUAAGGUUCUGCUGCUGCAUCUCUCAGGAAGAAGAUGACUCUAAAAGCCAUCGAGCCUGCUGUGUCACCUGGAGUUGUGUGGCUGCUGUCAUUAUAUGCUGUGCUGGCAUUGGCAUUGGUUUCUAUGGAAAUAGUGAAACAAAUGAUGGCGUUUACCAAGUGACCUAUUCCCUCAUGAAUGCAAACCACACAUUGACCUCCAUUGACCUCUUGAUUUCAGACACAGUUGAGCUUCUCAAUUCCGUAGUGAAAAGCGACCUUACGCAGCUGGAGGAGGUCUUCUCUAAACGCCCAGAAUAUUUGGUAAUUGUUCGGAACACCAGGCGGCAAGUGGAAUCUGUGGCUCAAUACUUGGCAGAAAUCUCCUUCUGGAAGGGAGUUGAUCUGAAUCCAAAUGUGGUGGCGGAACAAGUUAAUUUCAUUGAGGAUUAUAGGUGGUUGGCUUACAUUCUCCUGCUACUCUUAGAUCUGAUUAUCUGCCUAUUCACCUUACUCGGCUUGGCAAAGCAGAUCAAGUGGUUGGUAAUUGUAAUGACGGUGGUCAGUUUCUUUGUACUGUUACUCAGCUGGGGAUCCAUGGGUCUAGAGAUGGCCACCGCUGUGGGAUUGAGUGACUUUUGCUAUGAUCCAGAUGGAUAUGUGAUGAACCAGACCCAAAUUGUUACAAAUAUCAGUCCAGAUAUAUUACAGUACUAUAUCUCAUGUUAUCAGGACGUACCAAAUCCUUUCCGACAGAGACUGACCAUGUCACAGAGAGCUUUGUCCAACAUCCACUCCCAGCUCUACGGACUAGAGAAAGAGGCCAUACCACAGUAUCCAACAGCGGAGAAACAUUUAUUGGUAGUCCAGUCUAUGCUGAACACAACCGAAGGAAAUUUUCAUCAUCUUGUGGCUCUGCUGAAUUGUCGGGGGCUCCACAAGGAUUAUGUGGAUGCUCUGAAGGGACUCUGCUAUGAUGGCAUGGAGGGCAUCUUAUUCCUUUUGCUGUUUUCAUUUCUCUCCGCACUUUCCUUUACCGCUGCUAUCUGCAGUCUACCCCGCGCUUGGAAACAAUUUCAGAGCAGGGACCUGGACUAUGAUGACAUGGACGAGGAUGACCCUUUUAACCCUCAGGCACGUAGAGAGAUGCUGCGUGCGGCAGGCAGGCCUCACCUGCCCAGUUUCUAUAGUUACAGCAGUAGCUGCGGCAGCCACAACAGCCUGCGGGUCUCGACCCCGCCUAUUUCCAACGCCCCCGUCUCACAGUACAUGAAUCAAAGCGGUUUGUUCAGUGGCAAUCCUCGAUUUGAAAAUGUCCCCUUGAUUGAGAGGCAGUCCCCGCCCCCUUCGUACUCCCCUAGCAUGCGAACAUCCUUCAUCAGCACAACCCAGGAAGAGACUGAUACACAAUACCGAACAGAACUCGUAUCCUAGAUCCUCCUGUGGUUGUUCACACUUUCCUGCCCUCUUCCAGAGAUGACUAACACAGAAAAAAAAGGAAACAAAGAGAUAAAAUUAAAGACUGAGCUGUUUGUGCUCUUAACAAUGUUGGCAGGGAGUUUUAGGGUACUAGAACCCAUUCAACUUCUCCUUUCUUGGUAUUGUACCCUCUUAUUCUCCUGGGCUUUCAGGGUCCACCUUCAUUGAACUGUCCCACUGCCUUCAGUUUUAUAUUUUUUUGUAUUGGUUCAUGUGCUUUUUACCCCUUGAAGAUCUCACCAGAUUUCUAAACUAUAUUUGCCUAGCACUGGACUUUUCAAAAUACCGCCAAGAGGGGCAUCGGGGAGAUAUUGUUACAGAGCAAUAUUUAGAAGGCUACAUAGAUGAAGGUGGUGAAGAAGUUCAUUGCCGAAAAGGCUUUGUUAUUUUGGUUCAGAACAAUGGAAAACAUUAUCCUAUCUAACACACUGUUAACCAGAGAAGUGGGUGUAGAAAGCAAUGAUUCCGGCAUGGAGAACACGUCAUGUCCAUGUCACAGAAGUGAAGAGGAAGAAGGGCAACCUGCAUAUGAAGAGAAUCCAAUCAUGGCCCUCCAGCUGUUGUUGGACUACAUUUCCAGUAAUUCUCUGACAGUCAUUUCUGACAGAGAAUUAUAGCAAUAUAGUCCAAGAAAUAGUUUCAGGGUAAAAGUUUGAUAUCACCUGCUCUAGAGCUAAUGACCAAGGAAGUUGCUGCUGCAAAACUCUUUCCUUCACUGAUGGAUUUGUUUUUAAUUAGUGCAUUUUAACACUAACAAAUUUUACAUUGACUUGAAAUAAAAGGGAAAAAAAUA